ACCUCUUCUCGCGCGCAGUCUCUUCAUUGCGCAUGUGCUUGCUCUACUUCUCUCGCCUUCACGCUCUGUUGGAUCAAUCGUCAAAGCUGUCCUGUACAAUUAUUGUUGUUGAUGUUCGACCCCUCUCCGGCUGAAUUUGUACCGUCGCAGCAAAGAGGACCAGAUAUCGCUGUUUAUCGUAUCCCUGAGAACCCCGAGCUUUGUUAUGAAUGGAGUUUCAAGAAGCUGCUGACUGACAGGGAAACUGGCAGUUAUAUUUGUUGCGGAUGUCGAUCACUGAAGGCCAGGGAUGGAGCGGCAUAUCCGGCACCGCUGCCGAUGUGUAAAAUCAAAGACGGGUAUUUCAUCACGGACCCUUGCAACCCUUUGAGGGCGCAUUUUUGCACUCCAAGGAGCACUCCAGAAGUUGCUAUGCGACGAAUGGUUAUUAAGAAAUGUAACGAUUUGAGGGAGGAUACUGAACGAAGACCAACUUCAGCGAUUGUUGACGAAUUGAUUGGAGAAGUUGCUGCAGAAGGAUUUGAGGAGCUCUCCGAUGCGGGCAAACGGGUAAUGGUGGAAAAACUGUCCAAAAUGACCGAGGGCUCAUCAAAAACACUAACGCGAGUAUUCCAGUGGAAUAUGCACAAAGCGCAAAGUCCACUGACUGCGGGAUCGAAGGAAGAGAACCACCUGGUAUGCGUCUUAUGUGACAACGAGCAACAACUAUCGGAUCUUGCACCGAUACCUUCGAAGAAAGUGGCUACUGUCAUUUUAUUCUCUUGUCUGGCGCGUUACAAUGUGAUCCCACUGGAUGUGAAAACACGCUAUAAAAACUUAUUCGUUGCUAGGAAAAGAAUAUGCAAGGAGCAUUUUAUCCAAGCGCUCUUGUUUCUUGGAUGGGAAGUUGAGCUGUUCUGCGGCAAGUUUCCUCUGGAUGGCCUUAAUGACAUUUCCGAAAGGACUUUCUUUGGAUUGCUGACAAAUCUUCGAUUUUACCGAAACCUUGUCGAUAGCACGCUUCCCAUUGAUAAGAAAGAUGUGAGAGAAUUUUUCAACGAAUACAUGGCGGAGUUUCGUGAUGAAGUUGCGGCAAAACUGACGACCACGGACACGCCUGAGUGCACAUUGUUCUUGAAGGCUAAUACCAAAUUGAUUCUGAAAAACGAACAGAAAGAGCAGCCACCGAUUUCUCAAGGGCUGAGUGCAGAACAGCUUCUCAGUGCAAGUGGUGAGCAUGAUGCUGGUCCGGUAGACUUCUUCGUUCCUAAGCUGGAAGCUGAAGACGACUUAGAGGAAGACUUGUCUCUUGAACAACCAUCGACUUCGUCAUCGGGUGAUGCUGUUAGUGGGCCAGCAGCGGUAUGUGCUGUGUGCUCAGCGUUAAAACCACAUUCGGAGCUCAGGGGAACGUGGAAAGAUGCGAAGAAGAACAUGACACUCCUUGCUUGUUUGCUGCUGAGGAAGUACAUUGACUUAAAAACUGCUAUUCAUCUUUAUGCUGAAUUCCGUUCAUCAUUCCAAAAAUUGUAUUGUAAAGUACAUUUUGUCGACGCGGCCAAGUAUAUAGAAGAAGAGCUAAAGAAAAGUCCAGCAUGUUAUUCGGAUUCGCGAUAUCCGCUCUCUAUUCCUUUAGAACUUAUGCAUUUGCUCAUAGAACAAUCAAAUCUUAUCGAGAAAGAAAUGAUUUUGCAAGAACGGGAUAUAACGUUGUUCUACAGCGAAUGCCUUCUGAAAUAUCAUGAUGGUAAUGACUGGAUCAUCAAAGAGACUAGUGCACCUGUGCAACCGAAACUGCAGGAGUCAGACAGUACUAACAGAACUCGAAGCAGUAGAAAGCGGUUCCUUGAAAGCACAGAUGACCAAGCGACGAUACCUGCAAAGAUUGCAAUCACCGAACCCGUCGUUACCGAGGGCAGGUGCUUGGAGAAGAAUAAAAAUCGGUCGUUGACUUGUGAAGUUCUGUCUUUUUGUGGCAUAUGUGGCAAUAUCGAGGAAUCCAAGCUUUGUGACACUAUCGAUCUUACACUUCGACCUGCUCAAAAACUGAUUUUACUAACUUGUUUGGUGUUGAACCCAUAUUGCUCAAAGAUCGACCUUGAAGUGGCGAAAUCAAUGUUGAGAGAAACAGAUCGAAAGACUUUAGUUUGCAAAAGUCACUUUGUUAUGGCGAUGCUUUACAUGUAUGAAUAUGUGAAGGAAAAGUGGAAUCAUUCGUCGGCAACGUUUUCUGGUUUGGGGAACGUUUACAAACUUGACUUAUUCAACCACAUAAAUACCUGUGCCAUAAAUCUGCAAAAGGAAGCUAAUGGAGUAGGGUGCAAUAUAAUCGAAGUCGGUAUAUCGACUUUAGAAAAGUUCUACAACCGUAAUGAGGCCGAAUACAAACUAAUAACUAGACUGAAAGCUCGCAAUGAGGUAGAGAAUGGAUCAGUAAUGGACACUGUUCUUCAUGUUAUUAGCGAAGCAAAUCAGGUGAAAAAAUCUGUUCCCGUUGCCAAGAGAAUACAGGACGACAGCAUGCCUAUUUCAAAGCGUCGCGAAAGAGAGCUGGCUCGUGAUGAUAUCUCUCGCAAAGCCACACCUCGCAGAUCGCACAAUGUUUUCAAGUCGAUCGUGGUUAAGCAGCCGUGGUCGAUCAAACAUAAGCGCCGGAACGACUUCUUAUGUGCACUGAUUGAUUGUGGACUCUGCGGACUCAGACAGUAUUCAGUAGAUGUUCGACAACUUCCAACAAAGGUUGGACGAGUGAAUGUGGUGCUGGCGUGCUUGCUCAAGCAGGACUUGGUUGACGAAAAGGCAGCGAAGCAUAUUCACCGAAAUGGUGUUCGACUGAAUGAAUAUCUUUGCCAUGAGCAUUUCAUCCAUGCGGGCGCCUAUUUGGGAGCAGCAGUACGCAAGUUGAUCGGACAUGUUCCUAAACUUGGGCUGUGUACUCUAUCAAUGAAUAUUUUGUUUGACAUUGUAGAGACAUUGCAAGAACAGCUCAAUAAAAUUCUUGACAGCAUAAGUGGUCCCGAUGUCUUGGUAACGCAGGAUGUUGCGUCAUUCUAUACUGACUAUCUCCACAGAUAUGCUGAGAAUGAUGAGUGGGAGAUUAUAGAACUUCCUCCACCCAAUAUGCUCAAUGCAGCUAAAGGAACUCAGCUUUUGCAAGAAGAGGAUGAUUUAUUUUCGAAUGAUGUAGACCGAGACGGAGUCGCUUUGCCUUUGAAAGAAGAGAACGAGAAGCAAGCGAGCAUAAUCGUCAGGCCAGAAACAAGCGGCAAUGUCUAUUCUGCUACCGCGAACCCUUCUUCGCAGUCAAAGUUAACCAUUCAAGAAAAAGCAAAUGUGGGACCCGAUAAAGUCAUUCCUAUUGAAGAAAAUGCGGUCAUGGUCUCAUAUGAAGCCGGCCCUCUACAGUCAAAUUCAAAUGUAGGACAGAAGACAAAUUUCGAAUCAAACAAAGCGUACUCACCUUUUUGCUUGGAUUCAAAUCUCGAACAGGAGGGAAAUGCGGAGAUGGACGAAACGAGCUCCUCUUCGCAGCCAGAGCUACCUAUCGAACAAGAGAUAAUAACUGAUCCUGGCGAAGCAGCCUCAUCUUUGAUGGUAAAUCAAAAUAUCGAACAAGAAACGAUGGAAUUGAAUGAAGCCAGCUCCUCUUCGCAAAUACAUCCAGAUAUCGUGACAGAGACAAAUGUGGAAGAACAACCAAAGGCAGACUAUAAAACAUGUUCACUGUGUGGAGCAUAUGGAAACAAAAGUGAAUUCCUGAGAGCGUCGACCAAGUGCCGAUCUCAGAACAUCAUCUUGCUCAGUUGUAUGCUUAUCAAUGGAACGUGUGAUCUGAAUCAAGCGAAGGAACUACUGAGGAGAUCUAGGUUGGAGCUAAUGCCGAGAUCUAGGUUGCGAUAUUAUGAGAUGUGCAAAUGGCAUUUUUCUAUCGCGACCUCGAGUAUUCUUAAUGAGUAUAAACGACUUCGGGGAGUGGAACCCAGCAAAUGGCUACACGAUGUUCCUGCUGCACAAUUGAUACGUCUACAAGAUCUGAUCCAGACGUACGCAGAGAAGAUCGAUGGUCGAGUGCGUAUCACACACUCAGAAAUCAGGGAAUUCUCUUUUCUGUUCGAGGACUUCAAUGAGAUUUCAAGUUUGAAAAAUAACCAGGAAGGGUUAGAGGAAGUCGAUAUCAACCACCAGAGUGGAGUGUCUGGAACUGUUGAUUGUGAUGUCAUCCAUAUUUUUGAUGAGAGUCCCGCAGUGAAGCCUCAGGAAGACACCGUACACGAUAGCAUACAAUCCAACAACCAUGAAAAGAGGACAGCUUCUGCCGUCGAUGAAGAACAGACAGUCGAACCGUUUCAUAAAGAAAUUUCGGCUGUUACGCUUUUGGAGCAGCCUAUUUUAGAUGUGGACAAUGGAGCGAGUUCCGAAAGCCGUUCAGCUGAAACAUCUUCGGGGCAAUGGAAUGGCAUAACUACUGACUUCCGAGCGAUAGCGCUGUUCCACUUCCAGCGAGGUUUCAGUGUCCAAACAGCCACUUCUGAGAUUGUAACGGCGUUCGGCUAUGAAGUAGUCACUGAACAUCAAAUGAGGGGAUGGUACGAAGAAUUUCGGGAAAAGUCUCUCCAAGUGGCUAGUAAAGUAUCGAAGAUGGAUAGAAAAUUGAUGAAAGCCUUACUCAAGGCGGACCCAAACAGAACUGUUAAUGAACUUGCUGAAGAGCUUGGGGCACCUAUAGAUACGAUCAUCUCGUGUGUUUUAAUGAGUGGAAUUCCGCAACUCGUGAAGAAAACACCACUGACUGGACGGCAACGAUGUGAACGUCUUCAGAUCUGUUCAGCACUGAUAACUCGGCAAAGUCGAGAGCAGGAUUUCAUGGAGAGGAUAGUGACAUAUGGAGAAAUAUGGCUAGGUCCUGGUGAAAAUACUAUGUUAGGUGUAUGGUGGACCACAUGCGGUGUGGUUCACUUUUUUCUAUUGCCAGCGGGAUACAAAUUGACACCCGAUCUUUACAUUGAGCAGCUUAAUGCAAUGCAUAAAAAGUUGCUUGCAUAUAAACGAUAUCGUACGUUGAUAUCGGGUGGCAGAGGUGGAUUGCUUAUGUUGCACGAUAAUCGAUUAUCGUACUUGUCUCUGAGUGCCAUUCAAGCCCUUCAUCAAAACGGAUAUGAAAUCCUUACCUUACCAGAAAUAUGCUAUGAUCUCCUUCCCACAGAAUAUCACUUUGUUAAACGUAUUCGAGAAUAUGUAGAAAAACAAGAUUGUCGCGAAGAUUCUCAAUUAGCCAGCUGUAUAAAAACUUACUUUGAGUCCGAUUCUGUACAGUUUUUUGUAUCUGGUAUCCAUGACUUAAUCACCCGAUGUAAAAAAUGUUACUCCGCGUGUGGAGACUAUUUUAGAUAGUAUGCAUUACCGAUAAUCUUGAUGUAAAUAUGUAUGGGCUAAUAGACUUGGCGAUUUCCACCUUUCACUGCCAACUUCUGCGCAUGAGCAGUGGCCUUGGGGCAUAGAAC